CUCCUGCAGACUGAUUUCAGCAGCUCGGCACUCGCAGGUGGAGACGCGCACCGAUCCGGAGCUUCGUCUGAGAGCCGAACGCGCGCACUCACUCACUCGCUCGCCCAAAUUAAUGAAUAAAAUAAUUAAUACAGCGAGCUCGUGUUCAAACCAACUACAAUGAGAGCAAAUCUGUCGCAGUCAGUCCAAUCCUCAUAUGACUCCCAGCCAUUUCAAAUUUGAUGAGCAGUUUUUGGAGAGCUCCUUGGAUUGAUCCCAGUGUUUUCCAGUCAUGAAGAACAGGAGGGAAUAUGUGGAAUACUGGAGCGCGAUUAUAGUGUCUCUCUUCUGGAUUCACAGCUCUGUCGGGAUGCCCCAUGUCAUACGGAUAGGGGGGAUUUUUGAACAAAUGGAUGGACCCGUGGCGCUCGUCAGCUCCGAGGAACUGGCUUUCAAAUUCGCUGUUAAUAAUAUCAACAGAAACAGGACAUUAUUGCCCAACACAACGUUAACAUAUGACAUUCAGAGGAUUAAUAUCUAUGAUAGCUUUGAGGCCUCCAGAAAGGCGUGUGACCAGCUGUCUUUAGGUGUAGUUGCCAUAUUUGGGCCGUCUCACAGCUCCUCAUCGAAUGCUGUACAGUCUAUCUGCAAUGCCCUGGAGGUGCCACACAUUCAAGUGCGAUGGAAACACCACCCGUUGGACAACAGGGAUACAUUUUAUGCCAACCUGUACCCGGAUUACUCUUCUCUUAGCUACGCUAUCUUAGACCUGGUGCAGUUCCUCAAGUGGAAGACAGCCACCGUGGUUUACGAUGACAGCACAGGUUUAAUCAGACUCCAGGAGUUAAUUAUGGCUCCAGCCAGGUAUAACAUCAGGCUGAAGAUCCGACAGCUCCCUCUGGACACCACGGACACCAGACCUCUGCUCAAAGAAAUGAAAAGGAGCAGAGAGUUUCGUAUUAUCUUCGACUGCAGCCACUUAUCAGGCGGAGGGCUAAUCAAAUAUGCCCAGAUGAUGGGGAUGAUGACAGAGUACUAUCACUACAUCUUCACCACUCUGGAUCUCAUGGCCAUAAACCUGGAGCCGUACCGCUUCUGUGGUGUCAAUAUGACUGGCUUCCGCAUCCUAAAUGUGGACAAUCCUCAGGUUGCCUCCAUUGUGGAGAAGUGGUCCCUUGAGAGGCAGAUUCCCCCAAAACCAGACUCCGGUCUCCUGGAAGGGAUCAUGACGACAGAUGCUGCUCUGACAUAUGACGCAGUCCACAUCGUGUCGGUUUCUUACCAGCAUGCGCCGCAGAUGACUGUCAACUCAUUGCAGUGUCAUCGCCACAAACCCUGGAGGUUCGGAGGACGCUUCAUGAGUUUCAUUAAAGAGUCUCAUUGGGAUGGCCUGACGGGACGGCUGUGCUUUAACAGAACUACAGGUCUGCGCACCGACUUUGAUCUUGACAUUGUGAGUCUUAAGGAGGAUGGCCUUCAAAAGGUGGGGAAGUGGAGUGCAUCUGGGGGGCUGAACAUCACCGAGGUCCCCAGGCAGAACGGCAUGAACAUCACUGACUCGCUUUCCAACCGCUCUCUGGUCAUCACCACCAUCCUGGAGGAGCCAUAUGUCAUGCUUAAGAAGUCUGACAAGGCACUCGUCGGCAAUGACCGCUUUGAAGGCUUCUGUAUUGACCUGCUUAAGGAGUUGGCCAGCAUUCUGGGUUUUUCCUUCGAGAUCCACCUGGUGCCGGAUGGAAAGUAUGGGUUUCAAGAUGAUAAAGGCCAGUGGAAUGGGAUGAUAAAGGAAAUCAUGGAACACAGGGCUGACCUUGCUGUGGCUCCUCUCACAAUCACCUUUAUGCGAGAGAAAGCGAUUGACUUUUCCAAACCUUUCUUGAACACUGGCAUCAGCAUCCUGUACCGUAGACCCAACAGCACCAACUCUGGCUUCUUCUCCUUCCUGAACCCCAUGACCCCUGAUAUCUGGGUCUACAUCCUGUUGGCCUACCUGGGAGUCAGCUGUGUACUCUUCGUCAUCGCCAGGUUCAGCCCGUACGAGUGGUAUGAUGCCCAUCCGUGUAACCCAGGCUCCGAUGUGGUAGAAAACAACUUCACCCUCCUCAACAGCUUCUGGUUUGGCGUGGGCUCCCUCAUGCAGCAAGGUUCAGAACUGAUGCCUAAAGCUCUCUCUACUCGAAUCAUCGGAGGAAUCUGGUGGUUCUUCACCCUCAUCAUCAUCUCCUCCUACACAGCGAAUCUGGCCGCUUUCCUCACUGUAGAAAGGAUGGAGUCGCCCGUGGACUCAGCUGAUGACCUAGCCAAACAGACCAAAAUAGAGUACGGCGUAGUCAAAGAUGGAGCAACCAUGUCCUUCUUUAAGAAAUCAAGAGUGUCUACAUUUGAGAAGAUGUGGGCUUUCAUGAGUAGCAGGCAGAGCACGUCAUUCGUCAAGUCCAUUGAAGAUGGGAUUCAGAGAGUGUUAAAGUCAGACUAUGCCCUUCUAAUGGAGUCAACGACCAUUGAGUAUGUGACACGCAAAAACUGCAAUCUCACGCAAGUUGGCGGCAUUGUCGACAGCAAAGGUUAUGGCAUCGGCACCCCGAAAGGCUCGCCGUACAGGGAUAAAAUCACAAUCGCCAUCCUCAGUAUCCUGGAAGAUGGCCGUCUUCAUAUGCUCAAAGAGAAGUGGUGGAGCAGCAGCAGCUGUCUGGAAGACGAGCGGUACAAAACGGGUCCCAUGGGCAUCCAGAAUCUUGGCGGCAUCUUCAUUGUGUUGGCGUCUGGUCUGGUGCUGUCAGUGUUUGUGGCGAUAGGAGAGUUCAUCUACAAACUUCGAAAAAACGCAGAGCAUGAACAGAGGACUUUCUGCCGUGCGGUGAUGGAAGAGAUCAAACUGUCGUUCACAUGCGAGAGACGAGUGAAACAGAAGUUCCACCGCCAGCCGCCAGCCUUGGUGAAGACGGACGCAGUGAUCAGCAUGCACUCUUUCAACGACCAUCACCUGCCAGGAAAGGACAACAUGAGCUGCAACACCGCGAUGACGUCCGUGUUUCCAUGACUUGCCUGGGCGACGGCCACCUGAGGCACGUCCCCGGCGCCGUGCCGGAGAGCAGGGACUAUGGCCCCGAGAUGAUUACGGCAU